UGUGUAACUACAAGUACCCCUGUAGUGUUGAGCAAUAAACGGUGUAACAAGUGGAUUUCUGACUUUGACUUGAACACAUUAUCCGUUUAACGAGAGAGGUGCCUGGCACCUACCUAAAUAAAUUCUUGGUUCUCUGUUGCUCUGAGCCGAAACCUAUCCACGUCCGCCUGUUGAAGUCUCGCUGGACAUCUGUUGGUGGUCCCUCAGACCAUCAUCCAGCCAAUACUACAAUAGCGUUCCCAACUAAGGCCCAGUGUAUGGUGUUGUUUGAGUGAACAGUUUGUAAAGUCAUAAUUUUAAAUAGUUGGUUUGAUUGUAAGCAAAAAAAUGGGAAACAAGAAAAGGCGUAAACCACGAUUGUCAGUAAAGUUGAUGCGGAAACGUAUUUCUCGUUAUGCAAAUGCUGUUAGAUUCCAAAAAAUACAGCAAAAUAGGAGCGAUGCUGAUGAGCACUCUGCAAAAGCUAGCGAGACGAGUCCUGUUGCACAGAGUAGUGCGGACACAGAGACAUACCUUACUACCCCUAUUCGUUUUGAGAAUGAUAACGAUGAUGUGUGUACUAGUACACCCAAUGUCAUUUUAUCUACUGAACCUGAACCACGCAGCAAAUGGCUUGAAGUUAUAGGAAGGCCUGAUUUAAUGUCUAUUCAAACAAAACCAAAGAGUCAUACUGUUUGCUCGUUACAUUUUGAUAAAACCAUGAUCAAGAACUUACCACAGUUGAAAAGUGAUGCUGUGCCCACUAUAUCACUUCCAAAUGCACCAAGUACUUCUGAUAUCAACACUAAUGCAAACUGUAAAGAUGUAUCAACUCAAACGGAAGAAGCGUUCAUCGAAAUUUUUUCUACAGUAUCUAUUAAGCGUCCUGGUUCAAAGUCUUCACGUGGACAAGCUGCAUCGAGCAAUGAUAUGGAUAAAACUACACAAACAUCACACACUCUUUUACCUACGACACCAAUAAAACAUAAGCUUCAAGGUGCGGAACUUGGAAGUGGAGGAUGCAUUUGCAAAUUUUGCCAAAGAGAAAUUAUUGGGUUCCGCUACACUUGCGUGCAAUGCGAAGACGUGGAAUUGUGCAGUGCCUGCGAGGCGAAAGACAGACAUUGCCUGCACUACGUGUUGAGGAUACCUGAGUCCCGGCCUCAGGAAGAGGUCGAGAGAGUGUUGUGCCGCAUCCGCCACGAGCUGAAGGCGGGGCUUCAGCCCGUCGCCGCCAAAGGUGCUAACGACAGCGACAAGACUGACGACACCCACAAGGCUGACAACACCCACGACCCUGCGGACACCGUAAAUGCGGACACCGUAAACGCUGACAGCGUCAAAGUGGAAGUGAAGGAAGAACCAGAUCCUGGGCCUGAUCCACUCCAAGAUUCCUCCCUCAAUACUGCUUACGAUUUGGAACUUACAAGCGAACUGGACAUCAAAAUCGAAAAGGAAUGGCUGGAUGAAGAGAUUAAAGAGGAGAUGAAAGAAGAGAACUUCGCCGUGUUCACGCACUCCGCAGUUGAAGCUACAAGAGAUAAGAUACCCCAGAAACGACCCUCGCAUAACAUUACCACAAUACCUGAAAAGAAACCAUAUUUUAGUAUAGAAAGCAAUGCAUCCAGCUGCAGUGGAUCAGGGGUUCACAUAGACAAGAAUUUAAAAUUAUUAACCAAACCUCCACUUCGAUUGAACGAAUCGUCAAAUUUUGAAAUUCACAAACAUGCGUCGGGAGGGCAAAUAAACAAAGCUACCCUACCCCAGGGCAACGAAGAAGGAAGUUCUGUCAAGAAGAAAAAUAAUUAGCUCUAGUUUUAGUUUUAUUUGUAUUUUCGUUUGUAAACGGGCAGCUCGAAGUUUCAUAAUAUUUGCAGUUCUAUUUUUAAAGUCGGAACUAAU